CGGAAUCUCCGCAAACCCAAGAUGCGGUUCCUUCUCGUGAACAGGUUCACCCUGCUGCUCCUGCUCCUAGUGAGCCCAACUCCAGUUCUCCAGGCUCCUACCAAUCUCACCGACUCCGGCCUUGAUCAGGAGCCAUUCCUGUACCUGGUUGGCCGCAAGAAGCUGGUAGAUGCCCAGUACAGAUGCUAUGACCGGAUUCAUCAGCUGCCUCCUUAUGAGGGAGAAGGUCCAUUUUGCAACCGCACCUGGGAUGGAUGGAUGUGCUGGGACGACACGCCUGCUGGAGAAAUGGCCUACCAGAACUGCCCUGACUACUUUCCGGACUUUGACAUAACAGAAAAGGUUUCAAAAUACUGUGAUGAAAAUGGAGAAUGGUUUAGGCACCCUGACAGCAACCGAACCUGGUCCAACUACACUCUGUGCAACGCUUUCACUUCGGAGAAACUGAGCAAUGCCUACGUUCUUUAUUACCUGGCUCUUGUGGGUCACUCCUUGUCGAUUGUUGCUUUGGUUGUUUCCAUGUUUAUCUUCUGGAAAUUCAAGAACCUUAGCUGCCAGAGGGUGACUCUGCACAAGAACAUGUUCCUCACUUACAUUCUGAACUCUAUCAUUAUCAUCAUCCACCUGGUUGAGGUUGUGCCCAAUGGAGAUCUGGUGCGACGGGAUCCUAUGCAUAUUUUUCAUCAUAACACACAUAUGUGGACAAUGCAGUGGGAACUGUCACCACCCUUACCCCUGAGUGCACACGAGGGAAAGAUGGACCCUCAUGACAGUGAAGUGAUAAGCUGCAAGGUUCUACACUUUUUCCACCAGUACAUGAUGUCUUGCAACUACUUCUGGAUGCUCUGCGAGGGGAUCUAUCUCCACACUCUGAUUGUCAUGGCCGUGUUUACCGAUGAGCAACGCCUGCGCUGGUACUAUCUUCUCGGCUGGGGGUUCCCAAUAGUGCCAACCAUUAUCCACGCCAUUACUCGUGCCCUCUACUACAACGACAACUGCUGGCUGAGUGCGGAAACCCACUUGCUUUACAUCAUCCAUGGACCCGUCAUGGUGGCUCUGGUGGUCAACUUCUUCUUUCUGCUCAACAUUGUCCGCGUGCUCGUGACCAAGAUGAGGCAAACCCAUGAAGCCGAAGCCUACAUGUACCUGAAAGCUGUGAAGGCCACCAUGGUUCUUGUGCCCCUGCUGGGGAUCCAGUUUGUUGUGUUUCCCUGGAGGCCCUCGAACAAGGUGCUUGGGAAGAUCUAUGAUUACCUCAUGCACUCUCUGAUUCAUUUCCAGGGAUUCUUUGUCGCGACUAUCUACUGCUUCUGUAACCACGAGGUGCAAGCCACUCUGAAACGCCAGUGGACGCAGCUGAAGAUCCAGUGGAGCCAGCGCUGGGGAAGGCGCCGACGCCCCACCAACCGUGUGGUUAGUGCUCCUCGCGCCGUGGCCUUCGCUGAGCCAGGUGACCUCCCCAUUUACAUCUGCCAUCAGGAGCCAAGGAAUCCUCCAGUCAGCAACAAUGAAGGCGAAGAGGCUACUGAAAUGAUCCCCAUGAACGUCAUCCAGCAAGACCCAUCCGCUUGA